GCGGUGUGACGCGCGCGGCUUUCUAGAACCUUCGGGUGAGCCGUUAAAAGGGGCCCGUGGGAGCAGCACGGUCUCAUUGCGGCGUUGGACACUACAGACGGCUCGGUUCUCCAGUUCCACCGUAGCAGGCAACAUGUCUAAGGGACCAGCAAUCGGAAUUGAUCUUGGGACAACCUACUCGUGUGUAGGUGUCUUCCAACAUGGCAAAGUUGAAAUUAUUGCCAAUGAUCAAGGCAACCGCACCACUCCGAGUUAUGUUGCCUUCACUGAUACAGAGAGAUUGAUCGGUGAUGCAGCCAAGAAUCAGGUGGCUAUGAACCCAACCAACACUGUAUUUGAUGCCAAGCGUCUGAUUGGCCGUAGGUUUGAUGAUGCUGUGGUUCAGUCUGACAUGAAGCACUGGCCUUUUAAAGUCAUCAAUGACAGUGGUCGCCCCAAGGUGGAAGUUGAAUACAAGGCCGAGAAGAAGACUUUUUAUCCUGAGGAAGUAUCAUCUAUGGUGUUGACCAAAAUGAAGGAGAUUGCAGAGGCCUAUCUUGGAAAGACUAUUUCUAAUGCAGUGAUUACAGUACCAGCUUAUUUCAAUGAUUCUCAGCGACAAGCUACAAAAGAUGCUGGUACAAUUUCAGGUCUUAAUGUGCUGCGUAUCAUCAAUGAGCCAACUGCAGCUGCUAUUGCUUAUGGCUUGGAUAAGAAGGUUGGUGCUGAAAGGAAUGUCCUGAUCUUUGAUCUGGGUGGUGGGACCUUUGAUGUCUCAAUCUUAACCAUUGAAGAUGGAAUCUUUGAAGUCAAAUCUACAGCUGGUGACACCCACCUUGGUGGCGAAGACUUUGAUAAUCGCAUGGUCAACCAUUUUAUUGCUGAAUUCAAACGAAAAAACAAGAAAGACAUCACUGACAACAAGAGAGCUGUUCGCCGUCUCCGCACUGCCUGUGAACGUGCAAAGCGUACGCUGUCAUCCAGUACACAGGCUAGCAUUGAAAUUGACUCUCUGUAUGAGGGUGUUGAUUUUUAUACUUCAAUCACCAGAGCACGAUUUGAAGAGCUCAAUGCUGACCUCUUCCGUGGCACUCUUGACCCUGUAGAGAAAUCCUUGCGAGAUGCCAAACUUGACAAGGCUCAAAUCCAUGAUAUUGUGCUGGUUGGUGGAUCCACCCGCAUUCCCAAAAUCCAGAAGUUAUUGCAAGAUUUCUUCAAUGGCAAGGAAUUGAACAAGAGCAUCAAUCCUGAUGAGGCGGUUGCAUAUGGUGCAGCUGUCCAGGCGGCUAUCUUGGCUGGUGACAAGUCUGAGGCUGUGCAAGAUCUGCUGCUGUUGGAUGUUACUCCUUUGUCCCUGGGCAUCGAGACAGCUGGAGGUGUCAUGACAACAUUAAUCAAGCGUAACACCACCAUUCCAACAAAACAAACACAAACCUUCACUACCUAUUCUGAUAACCAGCCUGGUGUGCUGAUCCAGGUGUUCGAGGGUGAGAGAGCGAUGACAAAAGAUAACAACUUGCUGGGCAAGUUUGAGCUGACUGGAAUUCCACCUGCUCCAAGGGGUGUGCCUCAAAUUGAGGUGACUUUUGAUAUUGAUGCCAAUGGUAUCUUGAAUGUGUCUGCAGUGGACAAGAGCACUGGAAAAGAAAACAAGAUCACCAUCACAAAUGACAAAGGUCGCUUGAGCAAAGAAGAGAUUGAGCGUAUGGUUCAAGAAGCUGAGAAGUACAAGUCUGAAGAUGAUCAACAACGUGAAAAAAUAGCAGCAAAGAAUGCACUUGAAUCUUAUGCUUUCAACAUGAAGUCCACAAUUGAGGAUGAGAAGCUGAAGGGUAAAGUUGGAGAUGAUGAUAAGCAGAAGGUUUUGGACAAAUGUAAUGAAGUUAUCAGCUGGCUGGAUAAGAACCAGACUGCUGAAAAGGAUGAAUAUGAACAUCAGCAGAAAGAACUGGAGAAAAUCUGCAAUCCAAUCAUCACCAAGUUGUACCAGGGAGCUGGUGGGCCGCCAGGGGGCUUCCCUGGUGCUGGUGGUCCUCCUCCAGGUGCAGGUGCAUCAUCUGGCCCAACAAUUGAAGAGGUUGAUUAAAGUGCAUGGCAUGUCUACUGGUCUUUGAGUAUACUUCAAACAUAAAAAUAAAAAGAUCAGCUCUUUAACUUGGUGCCUUGUUUUAAAAAAAACAUUCAGACCCCAACAACCAGGUUUUAAUUUGUGAAUUCACGUUUUAUUUUUUUGCCCCACAGUGGAGUCCAAAAACAGGGAAGUGGAACACUAAAAAAUCAGAGAUUGAAAUGUCAACAGCUGAAAAGUUUUUUAUCCCCCCUUUGUUCAGUACUUGGUUGAACUUACCCCUUGCAGUUGUUAAAGCAGGUAAUCUUUUCAGAUGAGUGUUAGCUUGCAAGGAUUUUUGGGCUUGCAGAGAGAGGGAGUAUUGUGCUUCCAUUGAAAACAGGUGAUGCUCCAAUUUUCUAUAUGAUGUAAAUCUGUAUAUUGCAUCUCCUGGGUAAGUUGCCAUAGUAAUUGCAAAAGGGGUGAAUACUUUGUCAGCCUCAAUUGUUUUUUUAAUUUAGUAAUUUGUUGACUGGUGUUGGAAUUUCACUUUUGAUUUGACAUGCACAAUGUUGUAGUUGGGCUCUAAAAUCCUACUUCAUUAUUUAAAAUUUAGAAAGGGAAACCAGUCAAAUGUGAAGAUAAUUUUGGGGCUGAAUACUUUUUGAAGGCACUGUUUUGAACAAUGCACUUGUAAGUGAAAAUGUGAUCUGAAUAAAAGCUAUGAUUGGAACAUUACAA